AACAGAGACGCGGGCCGCGAACUUGUGAAAUAAGCAGUAGAAUAACAGUUUUAUUUUCACUUUUCAAUUGUCAGUUUCCAAAAAAAAAGUGACAACGUUUCAUGAUUAUUUACAAGUAGGAAACAUUGUAACUUACUUAACAUAUAUCAAAAAACACGGCGUCUUAUGUUCUUCAUAUGCGUUAAGAGGGUAUACCGGUAUAGUCGAGACGUAAACAGCAACGGUAAUCGAAUGGUUUAUUUAUUUAUUCUUUACUAGCUAUUGCCCGCGACGUCGUCCGUGUAAAUUUCGAAUUUUUACGCGUAAACUUAUUUGCAGGCAAACUCAUGCCAGUUCAUUCAAAUGACGAUUACUUUUUUUUUGUGAACCGAUUUUGAUGAAACAAACAUUAAAUGUUUUUUCAUUUAAAACAAAGCAAUUGCUUAAAGUUUGAAGUAAAUCGGUUCAGUACUUUCGGAGAUAAUCGUGAUAAUACAUAUAGACAGACGACAAGAAAUUAAAAAAAUAUAUUUUUGCCUUCUAUUAUUCAUUCUAAGUGUCCCUCUAUCCAUUUCAGUCAAAAAUACUAAAUGUACAGACAAAAUAUUCUUACUGUUUUAUUAUAUGUAUAGAUUGCAAAAAUUACAAUUUGUAAAGUACAAAAGAUGGACUUAAUGCUAAUAGCAUUAUCAUAUUUUUUAUUAUAUGAUUGAUGCUUACGAAUCAAAAAAGAAAUCGUUUUGAGUCUCGGCUGCUAGAUUUGUAUACAGAUGUCACAAGACUUACGCAUAACGUACAUAUAUUUGGCAUGUCCUCUUAAUACAUGUUUGGGUAUAGUAAGUUUUAAAAAGCAGGUAGUCAUUGUUUCACUAGACAUUGACGAUGUUGUUGAAAAUUUUCCUAUUUAUUCUCCUCAAACAGUGCGUGGCUAUAGAUUUGACUGAUGAGGAACACGACAGGCUUCCCCAACUCUUCUCUUUGGAUAACUACGACCGUUGUCUCCGGCACAAUGGCACGUACUGCAUGCUCAGACUCGACCUCUUCGCCGAGGAGGGCAAUGAACUCAUGCAUCUCAUACGGAAUUACUCCCAAAAUCAUCACGUCAAGCAUUUGAAUUAUACUUAUUUGGAAAGAGGCGUCUGCGUCUCCACGACCUGCAAAGAGUUCAUUGGAGAUUCGGACCUGAACGACCCCACUCAUCUGCACCAGGUAUUGCAAAGCUGUGGUAAUCACAGCGUAUGGAGAGAGUACGGGUUAUACGCCAACGUUGCAGUUGUUAAUUGUGACAAGAAAUCGGAGACAUCUAACAUCGAUGCGUAUGAUUGGGCUGUUCUUUUGGUACUUAUUGCAAUAUUAGUUUUGAAUAUUAUUGCGACGUGCUACGACUUGUUGGUUGAAGACGAUGAGAGGACGCGAUUUGGGAAAGGUAAAAAAAUGUUGAUGUGUUUCUCUAUGAUCGGCAACUUCAGAUACCUGGUGUCCAAACCUGCAGACGAUCCGAAACUAAAUUCUUUAAAAGGAAUUAACGCGUUAAGGAAUAGCGGGUCAAUCCCAGUGAUAAUAGGUCAUGCAACAUUGGUUCUGCUUGGUGGUUUUAUUGAUAAUCCACAUGACGUGGAAAAGGCCUUCAAAUCCGUAUACUAUGAGAUAACAUUCAACGGGACUUAUGUCGUACAAAUCUUCUUCGUCAUAGCCAGCUUCCUUCUCGUCUACAACCUGGAGAUCUCCUCGGAAACCCACAGGAUCACGUGGGGCACCAUACCGAAGAUAUUGCUGUUCAGGUUUUGGAGGUUGACGCCUCCGCUAGCUAUCCUGAUGGCGUUCUCGGCCACGUGGCUACGGCACCUGGGCUCAGGCCCGCUGUGGGGUCGCAAUGUGGUCAGCGUGGUCCAGCAAUGUCGCAAGUACUGGUGGACUCAUCUGCUGUACAUCAACAACUAUGUGCCUGACAACGCGUUCUGUGCUAAACAUACUUGGCAUUUGGCAGCGGACACUCAGCUGUUCGUCCUGGCGCUGGUGGUCUACGUGACGACCAAGGACCGCGGUCGGAAUCUGGUUCUAGCGGUGUUGCUGGUCCUGGGCAUCAUACUGCCAGCCCUCCAUGUGUGGCUCUACAACUUGGACCUGAUGUUCUUCUUUUCACCUGAAAUGUCUCGGAACCUAGGCGAUGACAACUUCAAAUACAGCUUCGCUUUAGGCCACACCAACAUAGCUGGCUACGUCAUCGGCAUGUACACCGGUUACAAAAUGUACGAGUGGAAUAAGAAAGGAAUCACUUUUAAGAACCGAAAGCUGGUAACCAUUAUCCGUGUAUUAGCCGUCGGCUUCAUGUUCCUGCUGCCUCGCAUCAUCACUCUCAUCAACACUGACGACGUCUCCCUCGGGACCAGGAUGGGCUUCCAGGCCGUCUACAGGAUCGCAGUCAGCUCCGCCAUCGCGUUGCUCAUCAUGUCCUUGACUGUCCAAUCAGAUGAUACCAUAUUCAAUUGGAAUUUAUGGGUGUUUCUGGGUCGAAUAUCCUACUCAGUGUUCCUGGUUCACUUGAAUAUCCUUCAUGUGAUAGUAGGAGUUAGGACUCAGUUAGACCAUCUCCAUUAUUUGAAUUUCCUCAUGGUGGAAUUUGGUUUUUACGUAUUAUCGUUGGGCGUAGCAAUACCUUUCUACGUAUUAAUUGAAGCACCUAUGACGCCUUUAAUAAAAAUUAUGAUGAGCCCUUCAGAGAAGAAGAAACUCGAAGAUCAAGCUGAGUGCAACGACUGUGAUGAAAAUGAUAUAAAUAAUACAUUGGAACAAAAUAAUAAAAAUGUUAAUACUGUAUUCACUAAUGACACCAAAUGUUUUGAAAAAAAUGGUUUGAAAGAGGAGUAAAUAAAAUUUGUUGAAUGAUUGUUUUUUAAACUUAA